GCGUGGACAGCGCGGCACACAUUCAGUCAGCGCGCGACCACGGUGCACCAUCGCCCGUCACGGACCGCACCACGACCACCAGGCACCACGACGUCAGCGCGCGCCGUACGGCAGCAAAACCACCCCACACUUUCACGAUGGUAGUGCAGAACGAGCUGGUGGCAAAGGCCGAAGAUGUGGUCGACCAGGUGAUUAGAAAAUCCAAACACAUUCUACCCACGGUGGCGAGAUUAUGCCUGAUCGCGACCUUUCUCGAGGAUGGGCUGCGCAUGUGGUUCCAAUGGUCAGAACAACGCGAAUAUAUGAAUAUGUCGUGGGGCUGUGGCGUAUUUCUCGCCACACUUUUCGUCUUCGUCAACCUCGUCGGCCAGCUGGGCGGCUGUGUGAUGGUACUUAUUAGGUACAAAGUGUCAAUUGCCUGUGGUGUACUCUUCUCCAUCGUUGUGCUGCAAACACUCGCAUAUAGCAUCCUCUGGGACCUGCAGUUCUUGCUGCGGAACUUGGCUCUCAUCGGUGCGCUAUUAUUAGUACUGGCUGAAGGACGCGGUGAGGCGAAGAGCCUAUUCGCCGGCGUGCCAAACAUGGGAGAGAACAAACCCAAGAACUACUUGCAACUGACUGGCAGGAUUCUGCUUGCCUUCAUGUUCUUUACUAUCAUUAGAUUUGAAUUCAAUCCUUUGCAGCUUGUAAUUGACCUGUUAGGGUCUGUGUUGAUGGUCAUGGUCACAAUUGGGUAUAAGACGAAACUGUCGGCGUUGAUUUUAGUCAUUCUGCUCAAUCUUCUGAACUUCACGUAUAACUCAUGGUGGGAUAUUCCCGAGUACAAACCACUGAGGGAUUUCCUCAAGUACGACUUCUUCCAGACGUUGUCGGUUAUCGGUGGUCUCCUGAUGAUCGUGUACCUGGGACCUGGCGACGUAUCAAUGGACGAACGCAAGAAGCGCUUCUAGACGCGCGAUCAACGUGUGCAAUCAAACCAACCGGAGAUAGUCAAACGAUGCACGAGUUCAUUCCACGCACGACGGACUACAGCGGCCGCCGCUGAUUAGAUUUAAGUAAACGGACGUUGGCGACCGCGAAAGAACCCUACUAAUAUAAAUAUUAAAUUUUACAUUUCUAUAUGGCAAAGACAAACGCGAAAGGCGACUCGACGUGGUUUGUUUUGCGCUGGUGUUGCAAUUAAGUAAGUUUUAUUAUUGUUUACGCGCAUAAGAGUAACUUAUCGAACGUUUUUAUUAUUUCUAUAUAAAACAAAAUACAAAACGAAGACGAAUGGAUUGACUGGAUCGCAGAGGAUUGUUAGUGAUUGCAUGUGUUUUGUUUUCGUUUUUUUUUUGUUCGUCACUGCGUAAUCUUUGUAAUUUAUAUUUCUAUUCCGUAGACACACACAUCCACACACCAUAUACAUACACUCAAUGAAGUCAAUUAAAUCUGUACAUAACGACCGUUAUAUUUACAAAUGUGUGUCUCACAAUCACGUACAUUUACUACAAUUGCGCUGCGGGCGCCGAUUACAUGUUCAGUAUUUUUCUGGCUCUUAUCUCAUUUUGUGUCAAUGUCAUUCAAUGAAUCGACCGUUUUCAAUUAUUUAUCGAAUUGUUUCGCCAUGCACGCAGGGUGUUUGCCAAACCGACCCAAUGAAAACAUGCUGAUUGGUGAUACUCACUGAUUUUCAUCUGCUUCGUUGUUUGCAUCAGCCUGAGUGCUUAUGAUUGUGCAAUUCAUUAAGUGACUAUGGGUCUCAAAGACCGUACUUAAAAAGCUUGAGGACAUACACUUUAAAAACGGUAUGUUAUCAUUUAUCAUAUAUAAAAAACUUCGCUAAUUUCAAUGAAUAUUCCAAACGAAAUUGUAAGUACGAGAGAGCGAGAGAAUUUCCGUGUCCUCUUUGGGUUGUUCUAAUAAAUCGUAUUUUUAUUAUCUA